CUGUGUAAGUUUUGUUGCCUUGUUGCAGUGUCACAACUCAGUUGGCACAGUAUGUUUCAACAUUUGUGCUGACACUUAUGCCAAUGUCUCUGUGGACCAGUGGAGGCUGGUGGGAGGAGCUACAGGAGGACGGCUGGUAUGGAACAGACAGAACGGAGUCAAACAUGUGGUUUCCAUAUGUUUGAUGUAUUUGAUACCGUUCCAUUGAUUCCAUUCCAGCCAUUACAAUGAGCCCAAAAGGCAGAAGGCAUGAACAUGUUACUACUUCAGGGACUGCAAACGGUCAGACAUCAGUCUCUCUCGCUCUCUCUCUCUCUCCCUCACUCACUCAAGUCACCGACUGGUUCUGGGGAGAGGAGUUAGAUGGAACUCAGUGGCGCUGUAGACGAGAUCACCAGUUUAGUCUGUCUUCCUCCUACACCACAACAGAACUGACAGAAAAGCAUCCACACAAGGAAGUCACCACCCAAUUCAUUCACUUCAAGUGAGAGCCUCAAGGUCGAAGUGAGAGAUAUCUAGAGUAGAUCUCAGAGCUAACCCCUGACCUAUAAGAGAUGGAUGGAUGGGACAAGCCUGUAGGGGCCAUGAUGUCCGAAGACAAUGGCAGCAGCCCCACAUCAGCUCUGGUCAACCGGUCCUGUGCGGACCUGAAGUGCUAUAUGGUUCUGUUCGAGGUGGAGAAGACAGCCAUCGGCUCCAUCUGUUUCCUGGCCGGACCCUUCACUUUCCUGGAGAAUGCGUUGGUCCUGGGUGUGAUCGCCGCCACCGCCACCCUGCGACAGCGUCCCUCCUACCUUUUCAUCAGCAGCCUGGCCCUGGCCGACGUCUUUGCCAGCUGCUUCUUCACCAGCAGCUUCCUGGACUUCCACCUGUUCCACCGCCUUGACGGCCCCAACGCCUACCUCUUCAAGCUGGGCGGGGUGACGAUGGCUUUCACCGGCUCGGUGGGUAGUCUUCUGUUGACUGCUCUGGACCGCUAUCUGUGUAUACAUCAGGCGUUGAGUUAUAAAGUGGUGUUAACGCGCCGCAGGGCCCUGUUUGCUCUCCUUGCCCUGUGGAGCACCACCAUCCUCAUCUCCUUCCUCCCUCUGAUGGGCUGGAGGUGCCCCACAGGGCUCAGCCCGCCCUGCUCGCGCCUCUUCCCAUACAUCGACCACCGCUAUCUGGCCUGCUGGGUCAGCUUCAUCCUGGUGCUGCUGUCACUCAUCCUGAGCGCCUACGCCCUGAUCCUGUGGAGGGCCAAUCGGCAUGAGGCCUCCAUGACGGGCCUCCAGGGGGUGCCUACCCGUGGUCAGGCCCGCAUGCGGCUGGACAUUCGGUUGGCACGUACCCUGGGCCUGAUUCUGCUUAUCAUGGUGGGCUGUUGGCUGCCGACCCUCUCCUUCAUGCUGGCAGAUGUCUCGGUGCAGCUCACACAUGUCCAGCAGAGGGCCUUUGCUUUCUGCAGCACCAUGUGCCUGGUCAACUCAGCCGUCAACCCACUGCUGUAUGCCCUGCGCUGCCGGGAGCUGAGGUUGGCACUGAUGCGGCUGUUGGGGGGCCUGAGUGAGGGGCUGGGGUGCUGCCAGAGGCACGUAGGGGAAGACACGACCACUACCCUUCCCUUAGGCGACAGCAACAGCUGUAGCGCGCACUCCGAGAGUGAGGCGCCCAGACUCGUUAGCUGCCGACCGAACACAGUCUCAGAAAUGGUUGGCAAGCAGCAGCUGGACAUGACUGGAAAAUGAGAAGGGUUGGGAGGCUUACUGUAUAUCAGGGUUAUAGCACUGUUGUGAACUUGUGUUUCUUCUGUUGUGUUCAUAGUGAUAAGGAGGUAAUGUCUCUAAAAUGUACUGUGAUAACAGGGACUAAAACAAAGACAUCGACCAUGUUACCAUAAAUUGUGCUGACCCACCUACAAGCCAAGUCACUCAGAGAAAAUAUUAUUUUAUUAUUUGUCCAAGGGACAUGAUAGAUUUAAAAAACAUUAUUUUUUUUUACAAACCAGUAGAAAUGGUGAAAUAUCCCAAAUGAACACCUUUGAGAAAACAACAGCAUUGUUGGUGUUGGCAGUGUACAUGUAGAUAGCUAUGUGUAUCCUAUGCUUGUUUUCGCUUGCGUGUUUGUCCUUUAGCGUCCAGAAGAGGAUCCUGACGGGUUCCCAUCUGCACAUAAAUACCUGUCCUGAAUAGAGGCCCUGUGGAUUGUAAACAAUGGCCUCCACAUGUGACUGCAAGCAGUGUCGAGAUCAGAGGUGUAGGAAAGGCUGAGCCUGGGUGGGUCCAAUCAGAAAAAAAGAAGAAGUCCACUCAGAUUUUGUAUUAUUUAUUUAAAUAUUUUUUUAUGCUCUUUACUUGUCAGUGUUCCAAAUGGAACAUUGUCUUUUUACCUAAAUAUGCAAAAACUAUCAGAAUUCAUAGCAAGCAGUACACUGGGUUAGUCAGAUUUGAUUAAAUAUAACAGAACAGAUGACAUGGAAUGACAUCACAUACCAAAAAGAACUAACUGAAAGCCACACCCCAAUGAGCAACGAAUAUGACUGCAUUGAGGGAUAUGUCACUGUGCUUUUAUGGCUAUAUGCACCAUGCCACUAGCUAUUUCAUUUGUUCCUUUAGCAAACAAGACAGCUCAUAAUCCAGUGCCUUUAUCACAGUCAACACACCUAUAUUUUAGCUUAAAAAAUCCUACAUUUCUCUCACCUUCAUGGCAAAAUGUGUAGAAUAGCAUGAGAUGAGCUAAAAAAGCUGCACACGUUCCUCUUUAUCCUAUGGCAAAAUGUGUAGAAUUGCAGGAAAUUUGCUUUAAAACAGCAACAUGCCAAAAUGUGUAGAAUAAUAUGAGAUUAGCUAUAAACUGCACAUUUGUCUCUGUUCCAUGGCAAAAUGUCAAAAAUAAAAUUGGGGGUCAGGACAAAUUUCUGCAGGCCCACCCAACAACAAAUUUCUGGCUACGCCACUGGUCGAGAUAAGUGGGGCACAGGUCAGAAAGAUAAUGUCACACAACACAGAGACUAGAACACUUUUUUCUAUAGAACACUACAAAUGGCAACUAUAGUUCACAAGUCAUUUUAGUAGAUCAAUCACAAAACAAUCAAACACAAAGAUAGAUGUUUUGUCUUGUAGAUGGUCUAAGUAAAAUCAAAUCAAAAUAACAUUUUAUUUGUCACAUGCUUAAACAACAGGUGUAGACUAACAGUUUAAUGCUUACUUACGGGUCCUUUUCCAACAAUGCAGUUUAUUUUUUAAAUUCGUAUUUAUUUUAUUGAUACGAGAAAUACAUACACAGUGAAUAACAAUAACGAGUUACAAUUAGGCAAUGUGCAUGGGUACUAGUAUUGUGUUAUGUGUUUAUAGUCCCACCUCCCUCAAGAGGUUCCUUCUGAACACAAAUGACAGCCUGGAGACAGGGAGCCUGCCAUUUCAGGUCAGAGAACAGUGGAAAAAAAGGACAGACAGCAUGGUUUAUGAGAGGUGGUGAGUUGUCAGAGACUAGAACGAGAGAGAUACUGAGUCAUUUCUGGGAAACAAGUAAGUACCUUAUGGUGAUUACUUCCGACCAUUUUAAUUGAAAAUAAACAAAAAUAGCUGCAUUGAUGUGGCCGGAACGACUGGGUGAUCUUGCUCUCCGUAGCAGAAACGACUGGGUGAUCUUGCUCUCCGUAACAGAAACGACUGGGUGAUCUUGCUCUCCGUAGCAGAAACGACUGGGUGAUCUCGCUCUCCGUAGCAGAAACGACUGGGUGAUCUCGCUCUCCGUAGCAGAAACGACUGGGUGAUCUUGCUCUCCGUAGCAGAAACGACUGGGUGAUCUUGCUCUCCGUAGCAGAAACGACUGGGUGAUCUCGCUCUCCGUAGCAGAAACGACUGGGUGAUCUCGCUCUCCGUAGCAGAAACGACUAGGUGAUCUUGCUCUCCGUAGCAGAAACGACUGGGUGAUCUUGCUAUCCGUAGCAGAAACGACUGGGUGAUCUCGCUCUCCGUAGCAGAAACGACUAGGUGAUCUUGCACUGCUUGUUUCAAGCAGACCACAGUAGUCCUCUUGCCCAAGAACACCAAGGUAACCUACCUAAAUGACUAUCGCCCACGUAGCACUCACAGUUAUAGCCAUGAAAUAGGUUGAAAGGCUGGUUUGACUCACAUCAACAUCAUCAUCCCAGACACCUCCAAUUCGCAUAUCCCCCCAACAGAUCCACAGAUGACGCAAUCUCUAUUGCACUCCACACAACCCUCACCAACCUGGACAAAAGGAAUACCUAUGUAAGAAUGCUGUUCAUUGAUUACAACUCAGCAUUCAACACCAUAGUCCCCUCCAAGCUCAGCAUCAAGCUCUGGACCAUGGGAUGGAACAUCUACCCCUGCAACUGGAUCCUGGACUUCCUGUCGGGCUGCCUUCAGGCAGCGAGGGUAGGCAACAACACAUUUGCAACGCUGGCCAUCAACACGGGGGCCCCUCAAGGGUGUGUGCUUAGUCCCCUCCUGUACUCCCUGUUCACCCACAACUGUGUGGUCGCACAUGACUCCAACACCAUCAUCAAGUUUGCUGACGAAACGACGGUGGUAGGAAUAAUCAACAACUACGAGGCAGCCUUCAGUUAGAAGGUCAGAGACAACAACCUCUACCUCAACGUCAGCAAGAUAAAGGAGCUAAUCGUAGACUACAGGAAACAGAGGGGCAAGCACGCCCCAUCCACAUCGAUGGGGCUGUAGUGGAGUGGGUCGAGAAAGUUCAAGUUCCUCUGUGUUUACGUCACUAAGGAAUUAACAUGGUCUAAACACACCUACACCGUUGUGAAGAAGGAACGACAGUGCCUCUCCCGCCUCAGGAGGCUGAAAAGAUUUGACAUGGGCUCUCAGAUCCUCAAAAAGUUCUACAGCUGCACCAUUGAUAGCAUCUUGACUAGCUGCAUCACCGCUUGGCACGGCAACUGCAAGGCACCGGACCGCAAGGCGCUACAGAGGGUGGUGAGUACGGCCCAGUACAUCACUAGGGGCAAGCUCCCUGCCAUUCAGGACCUCUAUACCAGGCGGUGUCAGAGGAAAGCUCCAAAAAUUGUCAAAGACUCCAGCCAUCCAAGCCAUAGACUGUUUUCUCUGCUACUGCAUAGCAAGCGUUACCAGUGCACCAAGACUGGAACCAACAGGACCCUGAACAUAAGACUGCUAAAUAGCUAAUCAAAUGGCUACCCAAACUACCUGAAUUUACCCUUUUUGAACUAACUAUCUUGCACUGACACACAUUGGACACUACCUAUACACAUACUUACACACACACACACACACACACUAAAUAUGCCCACAUACAUAACAUGCAUACUGAUACCAUAUACACACACACACUCACCAUAAUAUGCUGCUGCUACAGCUCAGUCUAUUAUCUAUCCUGUUGCCUAGUCACUUUACCCAUACCUAUGUGUACAUAGCUACCUCAAUUUCCUGGUAUCCCUGCACAUCGACUCGGUACUGGUACUCCCGGUAUAUAGCCAUGUUAUUUGUACUUGUUAUUCACUGUGUAUUUAUACCUUGUGUCACUAUGUCUAGUAAUUUAAAAAAAUCUUUAUCUUUAACGGUGCGGCAGGUAGUCUAGUGGAUAGAGCAAUGGGCCAGUAACUGAAAAGUUGCUAGAUCAAACCCCCGAGCUGACAAGGUACAAAUCUGUCGUUCUGCCCCUGAACAAGGCAGUUAAUCCACUGUUCCAAGGCUGUCAUUGAAAAUAAGAAUUUGUUCUCAACUGGCUUGCCUAGUUAAAUAAAGGUUAAAUAAAAUAAAUACAAAUAAAAAAAUAAACUGCAUUGUUGGAAAAAGACCCUUAAGUAAGCAUUUCACUGUAAGUCUACACCUGUUGUUUACAAAGCAUGUGACAAAGAACAUUUGAUUUGAAGCACUGUUUAGUUAUGAUUAUGAACAGUCAGAUAGCUAGUAACAAUGACAAGAAGCUGCCAUGUGGGGAAUCAUAGGUGGCUCGUUUCAGCUAGUUGUAUCUUGUUCUUGAUACCAUGUCUUGUUUUGCGGUGUUUUGACUUAUUUCAUGUCAAUGUUAAUAUGGCUCAAAUUCGCCAGCUAGCUAACCAACAACUGUAACAAUGUAUUUGAGAGAGAAUAAGUACUCAUUGUGCAAAUGUAUUUAUGUUUUCAAUAAACAUUUGGUGACGAAAUAUA